AUGUUUGGUAAAAUUGCAGAGAGACUCGCUGGCAAGAACAUCCUGAUCACUGGUGCAUCCACUGGAAUUGGAUACAGUACCGCAAAGCACUUUGCUGAAGCAGGUGCAGGCAACAUCAAACUGGUUUUGACUGCCCGUAGAGAAGAUAAGCUGAAGGCUUUGAAAGAGGAACUUUUGAAGUCUUAUCCUUCGAUCAAAGUUUUCAUUGGCGCCUUGGACGUUUCGAAGACCGACCAGAUCUCUCCAUUUCUGAAAAGUUUGCCCGAGGAGUUCUCUCAGAUUGAUGUCCUAGUUAACAAUGCUGGUAAGGCUUUGGGCCUGGAUCCUGUCGGUUCUGUUGAUUCUGCCGAUGUGAAGGAGAUGUUCGAGACCAAUGUUUUGGGAAUGAUCGAGCUGACCCAAUUGGUCGUCCGGCAGAUGAAGGAGCGCAACAAGGGUGAUAUCAUCCAGUUGGGCUCUGUUGCAGGUAGAGAGGCUUACCCAGGCGGAAGCAUCUACUGUGCUACCAAGUCUGCUUUGAACUUCUUCACCAACGCCUUGAGAAAAGAACUGAUCAGCACUAAGAUUAGAGUCAUCGAGGUUCAGCCUGGUAACGUUGCCACUGACGAGUUUUCUCUGGUCCGGUUCAAGGGUGACAAAGAAAGAGCUGCUGCCGUUUACAAGGACACAGAGCCAUUGUAUGCCGAUGAUAUUGCAGAAUUGAUUGUCUUUGCUGCCACCAGAAAGGAGAACACUGUUAUUGCUGAGACUCUGGUCUUUGGAAACAACCAGGCCUCGCCUUUCCACAUCUACCGGGGCUCUCAAAAAUAA